AUGGUCGAUCUCACCCCCCCUGCUGAGGACCAGAACAACAAAGUGGUUGUGGACCCUUCGCACGCGGCUGCCGACACCACCAGCCAGACCUCCCCGAACAACAGCAUGGAGGAUCCCCGCGCCGUCGUCGAAACGCACUUGUGGCGCGACGUGCGUCAAUACCUGAAGCGCCAGGCUCGGCCCAACUCCCUCCUAGCCAAUGAGCCCGCAAUCAUCGCGACCUGCCCUAUCUGCCUGGUCGCGGAGCUCGACAUCGCGGGCUUGCCAGCUCCCGGCACCACCUUGGUCCCUAACCCCCUUGCCACCGCCAGUGGAGACCGCUUCGCGCCCAUGGCGGUAUCCAGUCCAGCCGCGGUCUUGGUGUGCGGCCACAUGUGCUGCCGGGAAUGCAUCCACACCUGGAUCAGCACAUGUGUCGUGGACAGGCACCGGCCGCUCGCCUGCCCCGUGUGCCGGGCGUCGCUGAAGUUUACGGACUGCGAACAUUCUAUCGCGCCGUACCACUUGGCGAGCCACGAGGAGUUCGCAUCGUCUGGAGCGCAACCGGACGAUGGGGAGCAUCUCGGGCUUAGCUUGGCUCGGAGCGUCGAGCCCACCUUGACCGAGGGCGCCGAGGCCCCGCAAGGCUGCCGGCCCUGCCUAAUGGAGAUGCUGAGCCCGUGGCUGGCGGCGGUGGUCCAGGGCGUUAAAGAUCUUCAGGACGUCGACGAGGCAGGGCGGGCCGCUUGUCUGGAGCGGCUGAGGAACCAAGAGGACAUAUACGCCUCGAUGGUAAAGCGGAUUGGGGCGUUUGCCUGGGGUGAUCAGUGGACCCCCUGA